UAUUCCUCUAACCUCUCUUUCCCAGAGAAGAAUUAUCACUUCCAAUUCAAAAGAAAAACAGCAGAAAGGAAGUUGUUGACGAAUGGAGGAGACCACAAAUAGCAUCAAGGUUUGUGUUACAGGAGGGUCAGGGUAUAUAGCUUCUUGGCUUGUCAAGAAGCUACUGGAGAAAGGCUACACCGUCCACGCAACACUCAGGAACUUAGAUGACAAAAUCAAAGUAGGCCUUCUUGAGUCCCUGCCUUACGCAGACACAAGAUUAGUGUUAUUCCAAGCUGAUAUAUACAAUCCCACUGAAUUUGGACCUGCAAUUGAAGGUUGCCACUAUGUUUUCCAUGUGGCCACUCCAUUGCAGCACAACACCCAGAGUUCCAAGUACAAGGAUACCGCCGAAGCUGCGAUUGCCGGAGUGAAGAGCAUAGCUGAUUGUUGCGUUAGAUCACAGACCGUUAAACGGCUCAUCUACACGGCCAGUGUGAUGUCAUCGUCACCGUUGAGAGAAGAUGGAAAUGGCUAUAAGCCCUCUUUCGAUGAAUCUUGUUGGACUCCUCUCAACUUCUCUUUUACUUUCGGCGACGAUUUUACCCUGGCAUAUACCAAUUCCAAGACAUUAGCAGAGAAAGAAGUGUUGAGCUACAAUGAGAUUGAGGAUGGGAAAUUGGAAGUGGUGAGCCUGGCUUGUGGCCUAGUGGGAGGAGACAAUACUCAUCUUAAUUCUCAGUUGCCUGGUAGUGUAGCCGUAUUCUUGUCUCAGAUUACUGGAAAUCUCCCUUUCUUCAACACCUUGAGAUUCCUUCAGGAACUGUUGGGUUCAAUUCCCCUGGUCCACAUUGAUGAUGUUUGUGAAGCCCAUAUUUUUUGCUUAGAGAAAGAGUCACUUGGAGGUAGAUUCAUGUGUGCUGCCGCUGAAGCUACGGUACAAGAGAUUGCAAGCUACUACCAAGAAAAUUAUCCCCAAUUCGAAAUAUCACAAGAGUUUAAGGAAGGGCCAGAAAAGAGAAGCAGCUGUGAUAAUACAAAGCUGAUGGACAUGGGUUUCGACUAUAAAUAUGGUGUGAAGGAUAUAUUGAAUGGUUGUGUGGAUUUUGGAAGAAGACUGCAGGCUUUCUCAUCCAACUCUUGGUCGAGUAUUUUGGAGUCUUUGCAAGCAUGGAUGCAUGGGGUGGAGUCUGGGGGUGCUGGUUUUAGCUGUUGUGCUGUGCAGCCUUGGUCUAUUUUGAUUGUGGGUUUUGAGUAUUGGGUUGCCGAAAUGGUAAAUAUUGAAAUCCCAAAGGUUGGCCAGACGAUCCAUGCGCUUGAUUUAGGAGUUUGCUCCCUCCUACGUCUCAAGUUCGAAACUUCCCCUUCUAUUGGAGAAGGGAUUAAUCUUUCGGGUCGUGAAGUAGUGGUGCUAAAAGAGGAGACGGCAGGAAAGGAAAACAAGGCGUGGUUGCGAUGGAGGAAAGAUGAAAUAGCGUCCAACACGGCUAGUGUUAUGGCAGCGUCGCCGCUGAAAGAAGACGGAACUGGCUAUAAAUCAUCCCUUGACGAAUCCUAUUGGACUGCUCUCAAUCUCUCCUUCACUUUCAGCAAUGAUUCUCUUCUGGCACUUACGAAGUCGAAGACAUUAGCAGAGAUGGAGGUGUUGAGCUACAAUGAAAAUGGGAAUGGAAACUUAGAAGUGGUGAGCAACUUAGAAGUGGUGAGCCUGGCUUGUGGCCUAGUGGGAGGAGACAAUACCCUUCUUCCCUACUUGACUGCUUCUGUAGUUGUUAUGGUAUCGCAGAUUACUGGAGAUGUUUCUGCCUACAACAGCUUAAGAUGUCUCCAGGAGCUCUUGGGUUCCUUUCCCAUGGCCCACAUUGAUGAUGUCCGCGAAGCCCACAUUUUUUGCAUAGAGAAAGAGUCGCUGCGAGGCAGAUUCUUGUGCACAGCCGAUCCUACUGUAAAAGAGAUAGCAAAUUACUACCAAGAAAAUUAUCCCCGACUCGAGAUAUCAGAAGAGCUCAUGGGAGGUCUGGACAGAGGAAGCAAAUGUGAAAGUACAAAGCUGGUGGAAAUGGGAUUUGAGUAUAAAUAUGAUAUGAAGAAGAUAUUGGAUGACUGUGUGGCUUGUCAAAGCAGACUAAAAGCUCUCUCCCAACUAAAGAGCAAGGGAUUUAGGCAAGGGUUCUUAUAACUACACCCAAGCACAGCUAUUUUAGUUUGUAAGUAGAGCAAGUCCAUACCUGUGUCAAAUAUUACGCCAAAGUGGAAAUUCGAUAUCAAUAACGAAAAAUCCUUCUCCA